UAUAAUCAGUCCGCAUAGAGUAGGAGGGAAUAUGAAUAAGUUAGUAUUUUUAUGUUUACUAUCGUUCGGACCAUUAAUGAGUUAUUCGGCCGAGCCUUCUCGUCUGUCUGUCUUCUGGAUUGUUUUAGUUUUGUCCACUAAGCCUCCUCACAAAAAUGAAUCUUUGAUGAACAAAACAGCAUGGGAGUCUAAGAUUUCUGAAGCACUUAAAAGUACCAAAAUAUCGUAUUCGGAAUACUUCAAUCUGGUUGAAGCUGAAAACAGGUCUGUCGUGGUUGAUUACAUAGAGAGAGACGAAUCUCGAUCAUAUUUGAAGAUAUUUUUCUACGUACAGCAGAAUAACCUCUUCCAACCUUCUCCUUCUAUUGUUUACCAGCUCAAUCAAAUGCCGGUGGACUGGUUAGCAGUUUACUUGGGAAUGCCAGUCAUAGAAAGACCUAAAGUUUACGAUAUAGGCGCUUAUGAAAAGGAAGAUGAUUUUAUAUGGAUCAUUGGAAUAAUUGCUAUUUGUUUUCUUGGAAUAUUGCUGAUUUGUUGGUGCUUUAUAUUUCUAUACACAUUUGUUCUACAAGCCACUGCUAUGGUUAAAUGGUUACCGAGACCAAUGAUUAGCAAUUCUAAACAAAUAUUUUACAAAGCAGAGAAAUCACAGAGAGAAUUUGAAGAAAAGAAAGAUUCACAAAUACAAACCGAUGAUUUAGAAUGUUCGCAGUCAAAAAUAAGCAAAACUGAAAACUCAAUAUGUGAUAGAACAGUGUUGGAUUCCAAUUUCUCGGCUCGACUUUCAACUGUUUCAGAAAUAAGUUUAGAAGAAUCAGUUAACCCCGCUGUAAGUGAAUUAAAUGAAUCUGUUGUACCGUUGUGUGAAACACAAGUUCUAUUAUCAGAUGAAGAAGGUAAAUAUUCUGUUAUGAAUAUUUUUCUUAUCAAUUUACAAUCAGAUGGUAUUAUAAAUCAACAGUUGAAUGUAAUCAAAGUUAAUACGAAGUAUGUUACAAAUUCAUUCAACAUUUAUAUUUUCAUUGAAUUAGGAAUUCAAAGAAUGAAGUGAUUGAAGAAAAUGAAGGUGGUAAGUAAUAUUAUAAACAAACUGUCAUGCAAAUAGGCAAGUAAUCUUGAAUAUAUUUGGAACUAUCAUAACUAUAUGUAAACUAUACCUAAGAGUUGAAACUUAAGAAAAGUCUACCUGAUAUCAUUAACUUCAAUAUUUUGCUCGACUUUUCAUUCGUUAUUAUACGAUAUUAAGUUGGAAUAUUUCAAAACGUAAUCGUAUAAAAAACAUUACUGUACAUCGAGGAAUCUUUUAAAGAGAACAUUUAUGCCCGUAACUUUCCGUAGUGUUGAACUUAUCUGAAAAUAGCCUCAUUUACCCAUAAGUGGGUCGAAACGGUUGGUUCCCCAGUCAAUUUUAGUUCAUGAAGAGAAUUGCUUUUACAAUAAUGUUUCGUUAAGAUGUUCAGCAUAGUUUUCCUUUAAUUUUAAAAUAGCACAUCUAAUUUUUUUUCUAUAUGGUCAUUUUUACAUUAAUAUAUAUUAAAAUUAGCUACUGUUUCCCUUUAAAGAUUUGCUACAGGCAUCCGAAAUGGAUAGAACGCUUACUUUUGGAUCGUUCGAUAAUGUAAUACCUUUUGUGAUGUCUGUUCCACCACGUCCAGAAGCGAUAAAAUUAGCAAAUUUAUUAAACUCUCAGAAAAUAACAAAAACAUAAUUUUGAUCAAUGUUAUCUUUAUAUUAUUCAACCAGUCAUUGAAAUGGAUACAACUGUUGUCAUGAUACCAAUAUAUAAAGUCUUAUUUAUGGUUUAAAAGAAAACAAACAUAUUCAUGUUAUUUCACAAUUUUUGCUAUAGAAAAACAAAUUGUGUUUUUAUUAAUAAAACAUUAAAUGUUUAUUGUAUUUUACACCUUAAGAUAAAUCAGAUUUGAUUCAUAGUUGAAGAAGUGAGUUUUUAUUUCUAUUCUCUCAAGAAAGAGAGAGUGAGUGAGUGAGUGAGUGAAUGAGUGAGUGAGUGAGUGAGUGAGUGAGUGAGUGAGUGAGUGAGUGAGUGAGUGAGUGAGUGAGUGAGUGAGUGAGUGAGUGAGUGAGUGAGUGAGUGAGUGAGUGAGUGAGUGAGUGAGUGAGUGAGUGAGUGAGUGAGUGAGUGAGUGAGUGAGUGAGUGAGUGAGUGAGUGAGUGAGUGAGUGAGUGAGUGAGUGAGUGAGUGAGUGAGUGAGUGAGUGAGUGAGUGAGUGAGUGAGUGAGUGAGUGAGUGAGUGAGUGAGUGAGUGAAAAGUAUCAUCACCUCAGAAUUUUGUAAAUGUAUUUUCUUAAUAAAAUGAUUUUACUAGAAGUAAUAUAUGAGUGAAACAUUUUCAUAACAUAAAGGAUGAGUCUGAUUAUAGGAUGAUUAGCAGUAUUGUACAGAUAUAAUGAAACAGGAAUCUCGUAUUUGUUCAAUCAUAAUCUUCAAACUACUAGUGACAUAGGUUGUAAAGGCUAGAAAAAACCGUAAACUUGUGUACAUGUAUUUCCUUUAAAUAUAUACAGAUAAAACGUGUAAUUAUAUACAACAUGUUUAUCACUUGAUACAAACAUCGCAGAUUCAAUAUACUUACCCAUACAAUUUGUAUCCUAUUCUUAUUAUUGUGAUUGUGAUUAUGUUUCAAGUUACUUACGACUGCUACUCCUCUUGGAACAUAGACGGACGACCAAGAUCCUUCACCUAACUCUUUUGGGAAAUAUUUCUCAGUUGUUUCCAAAUGCUAUUUAUUCCUUUGAUCUCUGCCUCCAAUAGCAGAUACAAUUUGUUUCUUGGUUUUCCUCUUUAAGUUCUCCCUUUCAAGUUAGGGCUUGGCUCGUAAUGCAGUUGGAGGAUUUCUGCAUAAUGCAUCUUAUCUUCCUUGAAAUUCUUUCCCGAAUUCCCUCUUCACCUGGGAAUUGAUUUGUUCUCUUCUACAGUAGGAUGUUGCUGAUGGUAUCCGGUCAACAAACAUUAGGUAUCUUUCGAAAACAAUUGUUUAUAAAUAUUUGUACUAUUUCAAUGACAGUUGUAGUUCUCUAAGUUUUAGCUCCGUACAAUAUACCUCACUGUUUCGACGUUCGUAUUGAAGAUUCUGAGUUUAAUAUUGGUUGAUUGUUGUUUUGAGUUCUGUAUGUUCUUCUAUUGUACGAAUGAUGCCCAACCUUUGCCAAUCCAUGCCUUAAGAUACGUAUCUAAACUUCAGAAAUCGAAAUAUGUUAAGACAUUUGUUAUUAAUUAUAUUAAUAAUUGUAAUUUUAGGUUAUUUGCAGCUGAUGAGAAUUUGUAUUUUUAUUCAACAAACCAUUUUAUACUUGCUCUGUUCUAUGUUAUCAAUGGAUUCCGUUGCAUACAAUUCCAUUUACUUUUACGAAGUAGAUAAAAAAAUCAAAUUUGCAUAAUAUGUCGAAAUCAUAGUUGUCUAAUGUAUUGCUUAUUACUUAUUAAUGUACUUGUCAACUACUAAAUUAGAUUUUGUUAUGUUCUGACAAGAAUAAUGGAUGGUAACUUUUGGGAUCUAUUGAUGGACCGAUACUAAACGUAUAUUUCUAUUGCUUAAUUAUUAAGUAACUAUACUAUGCAUAUUCAUAUUCCUCUUAUUAUAAGCUUUAUUUUGAUCCAUAAACUAUUAUUAUAUGUUUUACCAUUCUUGAGUUAUACUCAGUAUAUUAAUUACUACCUCCCUCAUUCACAGCCACAUUUGGCUAAUUCUUGUACAAAUGUUGUUCUCUAUUUUAUUGGUACGUUGUGGUUUGUUUGAUUGAUAUAUAAACUCAGUAUGUCUGAAAUAUAAUGAUUCAUACCUC